AUGGAGGAUAAUUAAGUAAACGACUAAGUGAUAAAAUAGUUAUUAUAUUCAAAAAAGGUAUAUAUUGGUAGGAUUAAUAGUAUAAAGAAUUAGUAGAUAAGGCUACAGAAUUAGGAUUGGUGAAAUAGUACUCGAAAAUGAAAUAUGACGGAAUAAUAUAUUCAAUCGGUUAGAUAGUAUAAUUAUCAGUGGAUGGGAAUAGGGAUAAGAAAACUUAUGGGAAGUUAGUAGGAUUUUGCAAUUUGUAAGUGGAUGAAUAUCUGAUUCCAAUGAUAAAGGUGUAAAAGUACAUAAAUAAAUUGGAAUUGCCUCAAAAAUUGAAGGAGUUAUAAGAUGGAUUAAGUGAGUUUGAAUUGUUUUAGUCUGAGAUAGAGGAAUGGUUGUUUUGCACAUAGAUUGAUCAUGAGAUAAAAUUGAUAUCAAUAAGAGAAUAUGAAGAAAUGACAAUUUAGAAUGAGAGAACAUAUUUUACAAGAGCUGAUUAUAAUGUGGAAAAGGAUAAAUUUAGUCCUCCUAUAUCAAAAUGGGGGAGGAUAUGUAUUUGUAAUUAAAUAUCGAAUCCUGAUAAAUCAUAUGUUUAAUGUGAUAAAUGUUAAAAAUGGUUACAUUAUGAAUGUGCGGGGGUUUAAGGUUAAUUGGCUUAAGAUUAAAAUUUUUAUUGUUUAAUGUGUAGAAAGAAAUGA